GACAUGAUUCCGAGGGGCUGUUUGUUCAUGUUGAUCAGCAGCGCGACUGUCCGGAUCGAUUAUCAACAAGCCUCGUGUCUCUCAUUUCCUAUACCAACAGCGUGAGGAUCCGAAUAAGGCUCUUGGUAUGGUUCAAUGUCGAGGCCGGCUCGUCGACCCGGGCAAACUCGCAAUCUGCGCCAAGGUUUGGCCGCAUUCGCGCCGCGCAGGAUAACCAGGAUUCUCAGGGACACGAAUACCACCUUCCCUUAUGCGCCUUGUCACCCGUUGAUGAGUUCCCUAGUAGAUGCCACCGGCCGCUACAACACUAGCAUUCGAUGCAGUAGCACGGGCGAGCUUCCCCCCCUGGUUCCAACCGUUUCCCCGGUGGGUUAAUAUCGACUGUGACGGCGGAAAUCUCAUGUGAGUCUCCUUAUCUUGCUCAAUUCCCCUCGGUGGCCCGGUUUGGCCCCGCACCGAGGCCAACGAUAGUAAUCAUCGGCCCAUCGGCCGUUGGUGGAGGAGACGCCCACUCACUCUAUCGACGUGCUGCGGUGGACGAUGCAACAUUGAUGUCCUUUCCGUCGACGAGCGCAUAUACGCCGUCCGUGUAAUCGAAAACCUAUAAAUGCCUAUGGCAUGUAGACAACAGAGAUCCAUCUGUUCAGGAACAACGUCUCCCGAAACCCAAUCAUAGCUUUAGGAGAACCUACUCAUCAUGGUCGCUUGGAGAGCUUCUGUUACGGCUCUGGCUAGUCUUGUGACUAUUGCUGUUGCUUCGACAGUCGAGAGGUCCGAGACGACGCCCGUCAUCGAGCAGACACAUGUUCCUGGAGCGUUUAUUGUUGAGUUUGCCGACAGCCAGGAUGCACCUGCGUUUCUAAGUCGCCUAGAGUCAGAGGCCGGCAUCGUCAAAGUGUCCCGGCGCCUCAACUUGAACUCCAAGAUCUUCAGGGGCGUCUCCUUCAACGUCGAGGACCACGACGACAAGACGAUCAGCAGGAUCGGCUCCCUGCCCCAGGUCAAGAACAUCUGGCCCGUCCCCCUCAUCGCCGUCCCCGAGAUCGACGUAUCCUGGACCGGCAAGGACCUCAAGCACAAACACAAGCGCCAGACGAACUCGACCGCCUGGCCGCCGCACGUCAUGACGCAGGUCGACAAGCUGCGCGCCGGCGGAUUCACCGGCGAGGGCCUGCGCAUCGGCGUCGUCGACACUGGUAUCGACUACACCCACCCGGCCCUCGGCGGCUGCUUCGGCCCCGGCUGCCUCGUCGAGUUCGGCCACGACCUCGUCGGCGACUCCUACGACGGCACCAGCGCGCCCGUGCCGGACGACGACCCGUUCGAGGAAUGUCUAGGCCACGGCACGCACGUCGCCGGCAUCGUCGCGGCUACGGAGAACCCCAUGGGCUUCACCGGCGCGUCGCCGGGCGUCAGGCUGGGCGCAUACCGCACCUUCUCCUGCAGCGGCCUGACGUCGGGAGACGUCAUGCUGGCGGGCGUCAUCAGGGCCUUCGAGGAUGGCAGCGACAUCAUCACAGGGUCCAUCGGGAGCCCCAACGGGUGGGCCGGGGAGGCCUUUUCUGUGGCCGUCUCGAGGAUCGUGGAUGCCGGCGUGCCUUGCACCUUUGCCGCGGGUAACCAGGUCGGCGGCACCGAGGGCUUGUUUGGCCUCAGCAACCCGAGCUCCGGCGACGGCGUUAUGUCCAUCUCGUCGUACCAGAGCGAAGGCGCCGACAGUGCCGGGAAGGUGUCGGCUUAUACCAGCUGGGGGCCUACCUUUGAGCUUGGCCUCGCACCCAGCUUCGGUGCUCCGGGUGGCGGCAUCAUGAGCACUUGGCCCGUUGCGCUUGGAGAGUACGCCGUGGCGUCUGGCACAUCCAUGGCAACCCCUCUCGUGGCCAGCAUCGUUGCCCUAGUCUCCCAGGCUCGUGGGACUAGGGACCCGGACUUGAUCAAGCGACUCCUGGCGUCGACGGCCAAGCCGAAUCUGUCCCAGAGCUACGGCGGAGGAGACUUCAGCGUCGGCCUCGGCCCGGUCGCACAGCAAGGUGCGGGCAUGGUGCAGGCUUACGACGCGGCCUACGCAACCUCCAUCCUCAGCGUCGCCGGCAUCUCCUUCAACGACACGGACAGCCUCGUAUCCGAGACCUCCUUCACGGUCACGAACGUCGGGGACUCGGUCGCGACCUACAACGUCUCACACGCCCCAGCCCUCACGGCCAUCACGCUCAGCGACAUCUACCGCCAGAGCACGCCCGGGCUCUCCACGACGUACGCAACCCUGACCUUCGAGCCGGCCACCUUCACCCUAGAGCCGAACGCGAGUGCCGAGGUCAGCGUGAGCGUCGUACCCCCGCAAGGGCUCGACGCAGCAACUCUGCCCGUAUACUCCGGAUGGGUCGUCCUCAACGGCACCAACGCCGACAACGACAUCGCCCUCUCCGUGCCGUAUAUUGGCGUCGCCGGCUCGAUGAAGAACGCCACGGUCCUCCCUUCUCAGCGUCUUUUUCUCUCUCGCAGUGACGACGCGAGGAAUCCGACGGUGCUCGCGAACACGACCUUCCAGGUCGCUGCCCCUGCCGCCCACCCCGACUGGGCUCAGCCGCUGCUCGAAACGUCGGAUCUAGUUCUUCCCCUGGGAGCGCUCCCCGACCAGUUCCUCUGGCUGGUCAUGGGCAGCGCGGAGGUUCGUCUCGAGGCUGUGCUGAUUGCGGCUCCUGGGUCCGAGCCGAACCCGGACGCAAAGGACAACGGCCUUGGUCUUGGUGUCACAAGCUUGGGGAACGUGGCUGGGUAUCCCGUGCUGUACAGGAGACCCAUCGGCUGGUUGAGUUCCUGGAAUGGGAACCUAGCGGAUGGUUCAUGGGCGCCGGCCGGGCGAUACCGGCUCAGCAUCUUCGCGUUGAAGAUCAUGGCGGAUAGAAGCGUCCCUGAGAGCUGGGAACGGUACGACUCUCCCGAGUUCAUCAUUCGAUACGUGCAGGCUUAGCUCAGGGGGGGGGGCAUCUCUCAUUAAUUCUCUGGAUUGUUUCGCACAUGUCAAAACACGUAGAAGCUAUUCGCUGCUGCUGUCCGUGCCGUCUGUCCUUCCGCCCAACAACAACAGCAACUGGCUG